GUAGUGUGGAUAGUCAGUGGGCCGCCGGUCGCAACCGUGUGCGGUACGCAGUGACCCGAACCGGUGAUCACCUGUUCCAACUUAACAAAAUGGCGUUCUAUUUAAUUUGCUUUUUGGCGGUAAUAUGCAGUUUGCUACAACAAGGAUUAGCAAUCACCUGCUACCAAUGCAACAGUCACAACGACUCGCGAUGUCUGAUGACUAAGCUACCAGACUCCCUGCGACUGCCAUGCGGACCCAAGGACACGAUGUGCAGGAAAAUCUCGCAGGUGGUGGAGUUCGAGAUGAACGGCAUGCCUCCAGACAGCCGCGUCAUCCGAGGAUGUGGUUGGGAUGACAGCAGUUAUAAGGGCCGUUGCUACCAGCGCUCAGGUUUCGGUGGCCGGCAAGAAGUCUGCUCAUGCCUGGAGGACGGCUGCAACUCUGCCUCCAUCCCGGUCGCCGCCACCGCCCUCAUGCUCAUAACCUUCGCAAUCCUCAGGUUCUAGUUGGAACACAUUCGCCAACUCCUCAUUAGCAUCAAUGUCACAAUGUAGAAACACUCGAAAGAGAACCAUUCCAUGAAGUAUGGAAGGUUGUGGAGAACAUAGCAAUUGAAAAGCUUGUCGUAAAACACCCACUGCCAGUACAUGAAUUUUUGACACACACAUCUGUUAAAAAACGAUAAAAAAUCGCCUUUGAUGCAAAUAUUAGAGACAAAAUACUCAUAUGUACCAAAGAAACAAUAAUUGUUUGUUCGUGAACUAUUGAGGCUUACUAUUUUGAGAGCGCUAAUAUAGUUGGCGAAAUCAAUGAGCUGAUAGAUUUAGAUGUUAACAUAGAUAUAGCAAGUACAUGUAUAGGUGUUUGUAAUUUAUUUGUAUGAAUACGUGUUGCUAUAGAUGAAUAUGUGUGGCGUUAACACGUUAAUGAAUUUAGCAAAUCUAUGUAAAUAGACGAUAAUCACGUACCAUUCACACUUAGAGGCGUAAGUAAGAAUAAACUUUAUGUACAGAGGAAUAUAGUUUAUGUUAAAAUCAACAUACAUAGCAUCGAUGAAGUUACCAAAGUCACAAUGAUUGUACAUUUUGUUUAGCGACGCUUCAUUGUUGUGUUUGUA